UGUAAGCCGACCAUUAUUUUCCUUUUCGAAUUGUGAAUCAGGCAUAUUUGCAUUCCCAGCUGAUAUUUGUGCUUAUCGAUUUUGUUUUUUUUUUACAAAAGUAUCCAAAUAAACUGUCAAGCCUUUUUACGUAAAAUCAACAAAUGUGUAGAAAGUAUUAAGUAUGAGCGAAAUUGACUCAAGAAAAAAUCACAAUAUUAAUCGUCAAUUAAUUCCCACUGAAAAUCAAAUGGCUGCUUCCUAUACAGAAAUUGCAUUUCAAUCAUCGAAUCGCACAAAUAACCCACAACAACUUCACGACGAUGAAGGCAACGAUGAGAACAAUUAUGAUGAUUGUGGGGAUACAAAACCAAGCCGAAAAACCGAUUCGGAAGAGAAUAAUGACGACUCUCUUCCCCAGAGUAGUGGUGAUUAUUGUGGUUUAAUGGAACAAUUAAAUCGAAAGAAUGGUUAUGAGUUUUGUAGCAAUAAUUUUGAUACUAAGCCACAAAUUCGACCUGCAACCUUACUAUGCGAAAAGGCGUUUCCCUAUGACUUGGAGGGAACAGUUCGUAGAGAAGGUGACAUUACACAUUUUGUAGCUGAAAAUUUAGAAUACAAAAUUAAACUUUCGAGUCCGAUUGCAAAACGAGAUAUGAAUCAAACAAAUUUGUCUUCGAAAAACAGUACGCCUUCGACUUCAACUGGAUUUAUACAGAAACAUUUUCUUCAAUCGCAACUAGCUCAAAUCGAUUCAAAUGUUCUUAGUGAUAUUGAAAUUGAUGCUCAAUACUUAGCAGCUUCAGUUGAUAAUCUAACAGAAAAUCUUUACAAUUUGCUGCAUUCGGUAUCAUCAAUUACAGCUGACAACGUUGAAAUUCAUAAAAAUUCAGUUAACAAACUUACAGACAGCAUGGAUUCAAAUAUCAAAUGUAUGUAUACAAUAAUGGCAAAGACCGAAGAAAUAUCAAAAUCAAUGAAGCCAACAGAACAAUUAGCAUUAAGAAUCCGUGAAAUCAAAAGGCUAGUGGACAUAUUAGAGAACAAUCUGUAAAAAAAAUAUUAAAAGUCGUUGAAGUUAAAUAAAGGAUCUUCAAAGAACUCAACACAUAAGACAACAUCGUUGUUAGAUUAUUAUCAUCAUCAAACAAUUAGGUUUUCCGAAAAAAGUGCGACAUAACUGCAUUAUGAAGUAGCGCAUCUUACGUGAACAAAAUAAUUAAAGGACAUGUAUUCGUUAAAAAAAAACAACACAAGGAGCAUGUUUCGAAUUCUGAAAUUCGUAUUAUUAUGGGUUAGUUUUUAGCUUAAAUUAUUGUUAAUAAACUAUAAGUUUAAAACCUUAAUUUUUGUUUAGUAAAUGUAUCUUAAUAUAAAGCUUUCAAUACUGAAUUAAAAAAAAUAUAUAAUUAAAAAGGGAUGUAGCACAUAAUUGAUUACAAAAAAAAUCUAUAACUACUGUUGCUUUAAGUUUUUCCCAUAAUUCUCUUGUAUCAUACACAUCAUUCUGUUAGAAAGUGAAUAAAUUUAAUAAAUGAGGUGUCAAGAUUUUUCUUUACACUAUUUUUAUUGAAUAUAAAUUAAUAAUUUAUGAAAAACUUAA